ACUGUCAUACGUUGUAUGGGAAAAAACACAUCCCUAAUAAAUUGUUUUCAUUUUUUAUUUAAUUUCUCGAUUAAUUGUAAAAGACUAAUUGCAGUAAGAGUUGAAUUUGCAUGGUGAGUUUUUCAGGGAUGCCUCGUGAAAGAUGCGCAGCUUAUUGUUUGUGAACUGAUUUUGGGAAUUGUAAGCAAUCGGAAUAAACAUUAAAAUCUAAGCAAAUGGCAACCUCCAUGAAGGAUGAGACUGAAUCCGUGUGUUCAGAAUCGAGCACUUUGGUUGAUGGCAGUGUCAUAUCGACUGUACCUGAUCGACAUGGUUUCUUGGGAGGCACACAGUAUUCCCCUGAGCCGAGACAGGGUCCUUCCCCUGAAAUUAUCUUGAGACGUGAGCGCAAGUGGCUGAAAAUGCUCGCCAAAUGGACGUUCUACAUGGAGAAGAAUUAUACCAAAGUGAGGGAGAGAUGCAGAAAGGGUAUUCCAAUGUCUGUGAGACCCAAAGCAUGGGCUCAUCUGUGCGGUGGUAUGAUACUGAUGGAGACGAAUCAGGAGAAGUAUGAGCAUUGCUUGACCAAUGAAGCAGACCCGAAGGCAAUUGACGAUAUCAGGAAGGAUCUGCACAGGCAGUUUCCAUUCCAUGAAAUGUUUUGCUCAGAAGAUAAACCUGGGCAAAAAGAGUUGGCCAAUGUGCUGAGGGCAUACGUGGUUUAUAAUCCGAAGGUUGGAUAUUGUCAGGCCCAGGCACCUGUUGCCGCCUUCCUGCUAAUGCACAUGCCCGCCGAGCAAGCGUUUUGGUGUCUAGUGAGCAUAUCAGAUAAGUACCUGAAAAACUAUUAUUCUCCCUCGAUGGAGAUAAUACAAAGAGAUGGAAUGAUCCUGCAAGCUUUGCUGAAGAAAGUCUGCACGCCCGCGUACAAGCACUUGAAGAAAGUUAACGCCGAACCUGUAUAUUACUGCACGGAGUGGUUCCUCUGUGCGUUCACGCGUACCCUGCCCUGGGACUCGUUGCUCAGGAUCUGGGACAUCUUCCUCUGCGCCGGCAUCAAGGUGCUCUUCAAAGUGGCGCUCGUCAUAUUGGUCGGUUGUUUGGGUAGCGCGAAGAAUCGGAAGAGAUGUCCCGGUCUUUGCGAAACUCUCGAUCUUCUGAGGAAUCCACCUGAAGAGGUACUCUGCGAGGACUACCUGAUUAAUCAUAUGGGGAAAUUAAAUCUAACGGAAAAGGACUUCGAGGACGAACACAAAAAGCAGACGUUGAAGAUGAGGAAGAAUUCGUCAUCCAAUGGUAGCAGGUAGAAAACAAAACUAUUACUAUUCGUUUCCAAGUGAGCUGCAUGCGGAAAUUUGAAUAAAAACAAAAAAUACAAUAUUUAAAAACGUUUGGAUUCAUUCUUUUUGACAAUUUUUGCUAGUCAACAAAUAUU